AUGGUGAAUCUAGACGACGAGUUUGCACGUUUCGAAGCUGAAAUUCAGUCGCUCGAGCAGCAAACACCGAAUGAAACGACUUCAAUAGAAGACGCCAAUGAUUUACCAGCUAAGAAGAUCAAAUUGGGUUUGACAGCACCGUCAAAGGAAGUUGUUGUCAAGCCCAAGGUCUAUAUGGCUCCACCACGUCCCGCUCCAUUUAAAAAGACGGAGACUUCAGUUGACGAUAGCAUCGAGCAUAUUGAUGGAAGAAGUGGACUUUUGAAUACCUUAGAAGACGUAGCAGCUCAUCGUGGAGCUCUUAGCGGAUUUCCUGCCGGUACAUCAGGGGAGCACGCCGCGAUUGCAUCGACUAACUUAAUGUCUGGCAGUUAUAAUUCAAUGCAGCCGCGUGUGGAUAUGGAGACAGGAUGUUUGUUAUCGAUAGAAGAACAACAUAUGAUGAAUAGACAGCAGAGUGUUUAUGCGUAUGAUCCCAAGAGAACAGCAGCAAGUCUUGCGGCCAAUUCGAAUGGAAAUAGGUCGAAUGGAGGUCGAGGAAAGCAUCAAAAACGACACUUGAGACUUGCAGGUGGUCAAAUUUGGGAAGAUCCAACACUGGAAGAAUGGCCCGAGAAUGAUUUUCGACUCUUUUGUGGAGAUCUUGGCAAUGAAGUGAGCGAUGAAUUAUUGGCUCAUAGUUUUUCUAAGUAUCCGUCUUUUCAACGGGCACGUGUGGUACGAGAUAAGUUGACCCACAAGUCUCGUGGAUAUGGUUUUGUGAGUUUUACAGACCCAUUUGAUUGCGCUAAGGCAUUGCGGGAAAUGAAUGGCAAAUAUAUUGGCAAUCGACCUGUGAAACUUAGCAAAAGCAAAUGGCAGGACCGCAAUAUUGACGUUGCGAAAAAGAAAAUACGAAAACGCAAGCGAGAUAAACAUCAUCUUUUCAACUAA